AUGGAUGCAGGGGCUUACCUGGAAUUUGUGGUGCACAACUGUUCAUCAGUAUAUCUGUUGCUUCACAACAGCGAUCUUCUCAACAACGGGCAGGAAACUACACUCAACACAAGGGACAUAUCUCAAGCCAGCCACCUAAAUCACCUCCCGAUCUCCGCAAAGACAAGACCAGCUUCCCCAGUCUCUCUUCUGUCCCGCAUUGAUAAUAGCGAGUACCAAUACUUCAACCAAACUGGUAAAGGAUUGGUGGCCAUCGCCACCGGCAAUUUGGAGCCGUCAAAAGAACACGUUAUCCGCAUCAUAAGUCCCAGAGUUGAUGGCGAAGAAUAUGCUGGGAUGCAGUUCACAGGCAUAUGGUUGAACAAUGGAGGGACAUUAGUCUCUCCGCAGGAAAGGCAGAUGACCACUCAGCCAGCAACGGCACCUGAUGCAACGUCAGCACCAACCGAAGAUCUCACUCGGUACCCAAAGUACUCAGGGUACUCUAGGCAGUACUUGGAGAAGGACAAGAUCCAAAACCAAAGGGGUAGAGAUCUCAACGACAACCAAUCCCAAAACUCAUUCAUGCUUCCUCAGAAGACUCUCGAAAUAGUAACAGAUGUCCCUCACACCCUUCGAGCUCAAAACAUCAAUAGCAGUCGAAAUGUCUUGCAGGGCUGGCAAGACCUGGUCGGGGAUCUGUUUGGGGUCGAUCAUGUCAGUAUCAUGCUGAAUCAUAUUGGUCUGCCCGGUUCGUCAUCAUUUGCCAGAUCUUGGAAUUUCCGUUCAUACAUUCCAGAUGCCAUGGUACUCGUCUUAGGGGAGUCAGAUGAAGUGUCGUUCCGAAAGCAUACAAGUGGAUAUGGAAAGACAGUGCAGGAGUUACGGCGGCAAUUUCAAGACAAUUACGUCAAUUUCAUCCAGGCAAUUCGAAGAGCAGCAUAUCCCCUUCAUCCUGCAGCUCUUCACGAUUAUUCUUCAAAUGCGGACGGAUUUGUGUACAAUUCUGCACCAGCAACUACACCGAUAUUUGUGGUCAGCCCAUUCGCUGGGGAGCUGCGUCUCUCAACAUGGAAAGUGGUCAAAAGACUGCAAGCAGAAGGAGAUAAGGCUGUAUUUUGGCUAGACACGUCUGGAUGGUUCUGCUCUGCAGAUUUUGAAACCGAAGUUGACGGUGGCAUACCAAACGAGAAAAGGCCACAGCUGAACAUUCAGGGCAACCGAAAAGCAGCUGUAUUCUUGCAUGCCCAUCUCUGCCAUUACAUGGCACAAGAUCAUGUGCAGUGUCCAUUUCUGAAGCACGAAGCGUAUUCUGGCAAGGUAUUCGUUCCAAAAGACGUUGAGCUCGAACACUUUAUGGAAGACUCUAAGGUCUAUGUCCAUCCCACACCUUCCGCCAAAGACAAUAUUCCUGGCUUCAUUGCACUGAUUCAACAGAAGCCUACGCAAGAGCCAGUCGACACGUCUCCCAGCCGACCUAGCGCAUCUGGAUCCAGGACGGUUUCCUCAUCUUCUUACCUUCUCGCUUGGGUACCAGAACGAUCCCUUGCGCAGGAUGACCUCAACUCCUAUGUGAAAGUUGACAUGAGCGACAACGAGUCACCCCCUAAACAGACAUACCUUGUUCAUCCACUGCCUACAGCUACCAUCUCAGAUGAGUCCAGCAUCGGCACCUAUGCCUUCGCGCUUGCCCUGUCCAACAUAUAUUCUCUUCUAAUACGCCCACCGAGCAUGGGCUGGUGGUACGGCAGUGUCGUCAUCAACACACGCUCCGGCUCGAGCCUCCCUGCUCUCUUCUUCCACGAUGCAGAGUGCGAGAGCACGAUCUUGCAGAAGAAGAAGCGGGCCAGGGACUCCUUUGACCCCUUCGGGGAAGAUGGUCUCUUCUGGGGUGGUGAUGAAGUCCUGAGAUGGCUCAAACGAUAUGUCAAGGUUGUGCGAAGUGCUGCGGAUCCCGGCGUCUAUCUCGUUGAUCCUUCAGAGGAGGACAGCAUUGGGUUUGGCCAACCUCGGACGUCUGCCGAACUGCAGAGGCCAGAGACUAAAGAGCAGAAAACCCCCGAGCAGAGAAGGCCCGCAUCGAACCAGUCCGGACCAGGAAUGGAUCCGUUAACCAAGGCACUGAAGGAGACGAGGUGGAAAAUUCUUGAACAGUUGUCAAAGGUGACAACAUUCACCCGCCGUACUGCACAAGAUAUUGCAGAUAAUCCCAAGUUACCACCUCAAGUAAGGCGCCUGCUUCAUAAUCCCGAGGUACAAACACUGCAAGAUGAGUUCGAUAGUGCUAGGCUGUAUCUGGCCAGAUGGGCAAUGGGGAUCGCUGAACAGAGCGAGCGGGAGAAAAACCAAAGGAUAUGGACUGCCAGAGAUGUUCUUGAGAUGGAAGAGAGCAGCGUAGGGGAGUUUGAGAUUCUUGAUAUGGAAGCAGGCCGUAUGUCCUUGGGUGGAGAUCAGAAGCGGAAAGCUGUUGGGAUGAAGGAAUGGACUUCGUUCUUUAAUGCCAAAACCGGCAAGCUACAGGUCACGGUUGGUGAGGUCAAGGAGCGCAUCUUCCAUGGCGGUCUAGACCCAGAGGACGGAGUGCGAAAAGAGGCUUGGCUGUUCCUUCUGGGGGUUUAUGACUGGUCUAGUGACAGAGAAGAGAGGGCAUCUCUCCUCAACUCAAAAAGGGAUGAGUUCAUCCGACUGAAGGGAGCUUGGUGGGAGAGAAUGAUCGAAGGUGACGCCGAACGUGAAGAAGAGGAGUGGUGGAAGGAGCAGAAAGGCCGUAUCGAGAAAGAUGUCCAUCGCACCGACCGUCACAUUCCCCUCUUCGCCGGUGAAGACAUCCCGCACCCUGAUCCUUCCUCCCCAUUCUACGUCUCCGGCGGUAAUGGCACGAACGUCCAUCUCGAACAACUCAAAGACAUGCUCCUAACCUAUCUCGAAUACGAUAAGCCGUCUACAUCCUCUCGAACCAACGUCAGCAACCCGCACCCCCAGAAUCUGGGCUAUGUUCAAGGAAUGUCCGACCUCCUUGCCCCCAUCUACGCCGUAAUGCAAGACGAUGCGAUCGCCUUUUGGGCCUUCGUCGGCUUCAUGCGCCGCAUGUCUCGCAAUUUCGUCCGCGACCAAUCCGGCAUGCGCACCCAACUCACCACGCUAGAUCAGCUCGUCCAACUCCUCGACCCGAAGCUCUACCUCCACCUCCAAUCCGCCGAUUCCACCAAUUUCUUCUUCUUCUUUCGCAUGUUACUGGUAUGGUAUAAGCGCGAGUUCGAAUGGGUCGAUAUCCUCCGUCUAUGGGAGGGUCUGUGGACGGAUUACCUGUCUUCGCAGUUCCACCUGUUCAUCGCGGUGGCGAUAUUGGAAAAACACCGCGACGUUAUCAUGGGCCAUCUGAAGCAUUUUGACGAAGUGUUGAAGUACGUGAAUGAGUUGAGUGGGACGAUUGACCUGCCCAGCACGCUUGUUAGGGCCGAGGGAUUGUUCAGAAGGUUCGAGAAGACGGUCGAGGCGGUGGAUCGCAAGUCGCAUUUCCCGGGCCCGGGUGGGACUGGAUCUAGCACGAGGCAGAGGAGGGUCAUCGAGGGGAAGGGUCAAAAUCCUAGCACAGAGGUGACGGCGCCGCCUGCAUCGUUGGGUGGCAGUAACAGGACCGAUUCUGCGGUCACGACAGGAAAUGAUGCUAAAGGUGCUGGCGCUGGUGCGGAGAAGGAACAGGUCAUCAGUCCCGAGUUGAGGGCUCUGCUGAGCAGGAAAGUCGUGGUGUUGGAUGACGAGGCCAAUGAUGGUGACGAUCAUGGGGUGGCUGCUUCGGGUAGCGGUGGUGGGACUUCACGGUAG